UCUACAGCUCGAGCUGCUCUUCUCUUUCAAACUGCGUCAGUUCUGCUGUCUCUCGACAUGGCGGGUACCGUUGCGAACAAGUGUCUCAGUCCUCUGGCUUUCAUCACCAGGAGGGUCUCUGCUCCGGAGUUCAUCACCCAGUGCUGUUACCACAAGAAGGUGGUGGAUCACUAUGAGAACCCAAGAAAUGUGGGAUCACUGGACAAAAACUCCAAGAGUGUUGGGACUGGCCUGGUGGGAGCUCCAGCCUGUGGAGAUGUAAUGAAGCUCCAGAUUGAGGUGGAUGACAUGGGGAAGAUUGUGGAUGCCAGGUUCAAAACCUUCGGCUGUGGCUCUGCUAUUGCCUCAAGCUCUCUGGUCACUGAGUGGGUGAAGGGCAAAUCUGUGGAUGAAGCUUUGACCAUAAAGAAUACUGACAUUGCCAAAGAGCUCAGUCUUCCACCGGUGAAACUUCACUGCUCCAUGCUUGCGGAGGAUGCCAUCAAGGCUGCUCUGGCUGACUAUCGCCUCAAGCAAGACGAUGGCCAGCAGGAGGCAGUCAGGGCCAGCAAUUAAACGGAGCACUUCCACUCUUGAGCUGGACACCACUGCUUGCUUCCCACUGCCAGGAGGAGAAAUAGCAGUACUCCACAUUCCUGCAGUAUUGAUAACGCACACCUAAUCUGUUGAUGACAAGUACAAUCGUCAACCCUCUGUAGCAGUGUUACACCAGGCUUAGUCUGUGGUCCUCUAACCCCGCAUACUCUGUCUUUUAGCCUGUCACGUAAACGCACAAUGUAAGCACUGUUUGGGUUGUUGGUACAAAGUUGAGCCUUAUUUUUGAGAUUGUGAUAUAUUUCAAGAUUUCGAGCUUGAGGAGUGUACACGUGGAAUGGUGCGAUGGAGAUAUUGAUAAAGCUAAGAGCUGUUGAAGUAUCCUGUCUGCACCCUAAAGCACUGACCUUUUGAUAUGCAAUGAAGCAAAGUGGCUUGAAAAAAUGAAAGGGUCCACUGGUUUUUAGUGUAAUUUCUAAUCAUUAGUAAUUAGUAAUGCUUCCUUGAAAAUCUGCAAUAAAACUAUCCCAAAUCA